CAAGCAAAUGACAGAUAAACUAAACUUCAGACUAGGAGAAACACUUACACUCAAUUGAACAAAACAAUUAUUAUCAAAAUGGCUUCUGAAGAUCAAGAACAACGUACCUUACACCUUGUUGGCAUUGGCGUCGGUCACUCAAUUGCUCCGCCGAUGCACAACCACAUUGCUCAAUCCCUCGGGCUCCCAUGGACAUUUUACGCUACAGAACGUGUCACCAUCGACGAUCUAAUGGACCUUGCGCGAAAAGACACCACAGCCGGUCUAGUCGUGACAAUGCCUUACAAGAACGCCAUCAUUCCUCGUCUCGAUGCGUUGGAUGACCUUGCUGCGACUAUCGGUGCCUGCAAUAACGUCUACCGAGAUUGGGAAGAUCCCAAGAAGUUACGCGGAACCAAUACUGAUUGGCGCGGCAUCAAGGGCUGUCUGCUCGAGAAGGGAGACCAGGCUGGCGUGCCGGUUCUGAACAAACCAGCUUUGAUCGUUGGUGCUGGAGGAGCUAGUCGAGCUGCUGUCUAUGCACUCAGCUUAUACUUCAAAUCUUCAAUUAUCUACGUGUUGAAUCGCGAUGAGCAAGAAGUCAAAGAUCUCAUGCGCGACUCACAAAAGAUCUCUCCUGUUCCGACCAUCAUCCACGUCAAAGAGGGAGAAGCCAAGAGUCUCGAGACACCAUACUACGUCGUCGGUACGGUGCCCGAUUUUGAACCUCAAACGCCCGACGAGCUUGCUGUUCGAGCCAACCUGGAAGAGUUUCUGUCUCGCCCCGAGAAGGGAGUUUUACUUGACAUGUGCUUUAAACCUAGAAGAACGAGAAUGAUUAAGCUGGCGGAGCAGAAGGGAUGGCCUACGGUGGAGGGAACGCAUGUUAUUGGAUAUCAGAUUGAGGAGCAGUGGAGGCUUUGGGCUGGUGAAGAGAGGGUGAAAAGGCUUGAUAGGGAGGGAUCUUGGAAGGUUCUUAUGGACUCGGCUGAGAAAAGUCCAGGCAUUAACUUCUAGAUCUUAUAUAGAAAUUGAUGGAAAUUAUUCUG